GACGAGAUGGCCGACGCCCCAAUUGAGAAGGACGUUCAGACCUCUGGUCUUGAUGUCGAUGGCUCUAGGCCCGUCCACCAGCGCUACAACCACGCCGGCAACCCUAAUGCGAGCGCCCAUGGCGACGGUGGAGCUCGCCUGCCAGCCUUUGGCGGUGAGUUCCAGCCUGGGCUGUACAAGGCUAUCGAGGGCCGCAAGUUCGCCAACCCUGCGCCUCUGGGCCUGAGCGCUUUCGCCCUGACCACCUUCGUCCUGUCCCUCUGCAACCUGCAGACCCGUGGCGUCUCCACCCCCAACAUCGCCGUGCCUAUAGCCUUUGGUUAUGGCGGUCUUGUUCAGCUUCUCGCUGGCAUGUGGGAGAUGGCCGUGGGCAACACCUUCGGCGCCACAGCACUGUCCUCCUACGGCGGCUUCUGGAUCUCGUACGCACUCAUCCUCACGCCCUCCCUGGGUGUCGUCGACGCAUACACCGAUGCCACCCAGGUGUCCAGCGUACUUGGCUUCUUCCUCACCGGCUGGUUCAUCUUCACCUUCAUCCUGCUGCUGUGCACGCUCCGGUCCACCGUCAUGUUCUUCUUCCUCUUCUUCACCCUGGAUAUGGCCUUCCUGUUCCUCGCGUGUUCUGAGUACGCCGACAACAAUGGCGCCACCAAUACUGCCAAUGGCCUCCAGAAGGCUGGCGGUGUCUGGGGCAUUCUGGCCGCCUUCCUUGCGUGGUACAACGCCUUCGCUGGUAUUGCCGAUACCAGCAACUCGUUCUUCCUCAUCCCCGUGUUCCACUUCCCAUGGAGCGAGAAGGGUCGCGAGGCUCGCCUGACCAAGCAGGCCUCCCACACCGUCUAA